AUAUCUCUGUGCCCAUUAAUCCUAUGAAACAUCCGCGUCUCCUUGGGCCUUUCAGGCGCCCACCGGAUAUGGAACUAAUUAUCUGCUAACCUAGUAAUUUUCAGUUCAUGAUGUGAUUCUCAUGUUUGUUCUUUCCGUAACGCUCGGCGAGACGACAGCACGGCGCAUUCCGCUUCCGGCCUGGAUCCAUGGCGCCCCGCCGUUUCGGACGGCCGUCAUCGCAACAUCGCUGCCGCCCCCUUUCCUCAGUGGUGGUGCCACUUCUAAUCCACGGAGCAUCUUCAACCCGCUGACCCUUGCGUACCUUGGAGACGCGGUCUGGGAGGCCCAUACUCGGCGGCUAGAGACUUACAUUGAGGCCUGGAUUGCGCAGCAGAGUCAGGCGCAGCAGGGGACGCAGCAGCGGCACCAGCAGGAACAGCAGCGGGGAAGCGCAAGGGCAUCAGGACGACGCGGAGGCGGCAGAGCGGGGGAACGCUUUGUGAACGCCGGCGACGGGGACGACCGCAGGGACAGUAGCGAUGUUUUUAACGGCGUGGGAGGCAGCCGGUAUGGUGGAGUUUCACUACCAAGUCGUCAAGCUCGCAAGCAGUGGUCUACGGCGAUUUUCCAGCCCCCUCCGUGCCCUCCCCUGUCCGGUGUGGUCCUUACGGCUGAGGAAUUGGAUGUGCUCCGGUGGGGGCGCAAUGCCGCCGUGAGCAGCAUUCCGCGGGAUGUGCCAGUGGGGGUGUAUAAGAAGGCAACUGCGGUGGAGGUGCUGGUGGCCCACCUCUACCUGACGGACCCGAACCGCUGCGCAGCCCUCAUUGCCGCGGCGGGCCUAACUGUGGAGGAGUGCCCGGAGGUCAUCAAGGCGUACUGCACCUAGGCUGUUGUCAACCCAGGGCAUUGCAAGUCUCCUAUACGAUCGUGGCAGAGAAGUUGAGCUUACCAGGGCACACCCUCCGCAACCAUGUUGCGACAAGGGAUUGCCAUUGUCCAAGUGGUCUUUCGGCUUCGGCCUCUGGGUUAUUUAAUGAAAUAAAAUU